AUGCGAGGGAAAAUUAUCAAACCAUGGGACUGUCCACCCCUAAAUCCUUCGGUCCAGAAAGUUGUUAAGAUCACGGACAUGGAUAAACCCAUAAGCUGGGCAGAACUUGCUCCUUCUAUAGAGAGCAAAUAUCCUGUUCGUUUUGGUCACACGUUUGGCAAAAAUGCACUUAUAGAAUUCGAAUCACACAACAUCGCGCUUAAAUUUAUAUCAGAUUUUAAAUCAAAUCAAUUUGGCAACUAUGCAUCGAUCUCAUUUUCACCAAUUCCAACGUUAGAGUUACCAGAUUAUGCCCUCGCUCAUCAGAAUGCAUCCAGAGUUAUUUGUCUUCAGAUAUUAAAAUUACAGAUUUCACUCGGAAUUUAUGAUAUUUAUGAUGAGUGCUCAAACUAUGGAACUGUUGAGAAAAUCAUCUGUUUUGAGAAAAACGGAAAGUUUGCUCUUGUCCAAAUGCAUGAUGUUAAAGAAGCUGCUCUUGCUUUAGCAAAUUUAUCAAAUUCAAGCCGCUAUCUUCCUAAUUUUCAGAUCAAAAUACAGUACUCACAUAACCAAGACAUUAUCAUCCAGUUUAACAACGCUAAAAGCUUUGAUUUUACACAUCCGGGCGCAAUUGCUCAAUUUGAUCAACUUCGCCAUACAAGUAGCUCUGAAUCCGCCUUCUUCACUCCAGAUCACUCAGAUCAGAUUUCAGAGGUAUUUGACUUCUGGCGACCAGUUCCUGUCGAUCAACCUUAUGCGCAAUUGAUAAAAAUCACCGGAUUCGAUGAUUAUCGCAACAUAGCUGAUGGACUUCAUAAUCUGAUCUCUCAGUACGGUCCUGUCAACAAAAUUAAAGUUUUUCAGAACGCAAGGCAAAAAUACGCUGUUGUACAAAUGGUCAAUCCAUUCUACGCACGUCUUGUUACGGCCCACCUUCAGAACUGCCCGUAUCAGAACGGAAGGCUCAUUUUCUACCAUCCGCACUUUAUGGACGCAACAAAUGACAACGACCACUCGCUGAUUACAAAGGACUACUCGGAAGAGGCUGAGGACUUGGAUUUGUCAGACUACGAGUCCAUGUGGCCUCCUUCUGAGUUUGUUCAGUGCAAUCGAGAUUUAUCUCAAAUGAAGAUACCAAAUAAAGCAAUUCCGAUUAAGGAAAUCAACGGAUUUAAGUUUCCGUCUUUACAGGAUGCUGUGCAAUAUAUAAUGCGUAGACCAGAUGUUAGCCCUGAUGUUGUUUUGAAAUUUACACAUAUAUAA